CGGGACCCCCGCACCAGCGACUUCUACCGCGUGAGCGACAAGCUGCCGGCCCGGUUCAACCACCCGGCGUGCUUCCAGGGCUACCGAAAAAAGGAGCCUCACCCCCUGUACAGGACCAGCAACCAGACGUACGGGAGCCGAGCGCCGACGGUGCACGAGAUGCCGACCUCCUAUUUCAUCACCUCACAUGCAUUCUCAAAUACUCUGGGAUCAUUUGGUAUGUACAGAGAUAACGGGCUCAACACCUACCUUGAGAAAAGCCACGUGACCGGCCCCGACAACCUCAUCACCUCCUCCGACCGCCUCAACUUCCACCCCAGUUACAACCCAAGUGAGCCAUCGCACUGUUAGGAGAUUUGCAGUAGUAGCAAGUGCAGUAUGAAGCCACUUCAGUUUACCGUUGGUUACCUAGUUAAAACAGGAAAAAAACAAAAAGCAAGCAAGCAAGCAAAAAAAAAAACAAAAAAAA